AUGGCAACAUCAGAGGCUCCUGGCGACUUUCCGGUCGGCCUUUCGGGCGAUCUGAGCCCGACACCAGACCAACGCGCCCGUGAAGCACACUACCGCAACUACAUCAACCAUCUCAAUGAACGCAAACUCGACCUCUCCGAGUUUGUUGCAGACGAGAUGGUUCACAAUAACAGGCGUUUCACUCGCAAAGAGUUCGAGGCCAUGCUCGCUGAUGACAUGGAGUCCUUCCCCGAUCUCUACUUCAAUCUGCAUAUGGUACUCGUUACCGGGGAUCGCGUCGCGAGCAGAAUCUUGUUCAAAGCGACACAGGUGAAGGAAUGGAGGGGGAAGAAGCCGGACGGGAAGACGGUCGAGUUCGAAGAACUCGUCUUCUACCGCUUCGAGGGCAACAAGAUCAAAGAGGUGUGGUCGAUUGUCGGCGAGCCGAAGCCUGUAUCCGCUUCGUGA